GUCGAGCUCGCAGAUUCAGGCCCGACAGGAUGCCAGAUGAAGCACAUGUUCGGCACAGCGGGAAUCUCGUUCUUCGCUCCAUCGAGCGCAAACCUUUUUAUAAGCACGGGCGAGAGCGUGCCUUCGAUAGCACCUGCAACAAAGCUACCGAUGACCGGCAGGAAUUAUACGAGUGAGGCCCAGGUCGCACGCCGCGAGCAUAAACGCGCAGACGGUAAGCAUGCGGGGACGCUAAAGAAGAAAUGGCUGACAUACCAUAAAAUAUGGAAGCAUGUAGUCAAGUCGACGAGAAUGGGGCCCCCGCGGUAG